AGCAGCUCUGAUCUCAGGACCAGCUGUUCAGGGGCAUCCCGGACGAGAGCCAGGCACACUCGGGCACUUGGCUCUCGCUGCCGCCGCGGCAGAUUCCUGUGCAGCCAUGUCGGUGUUAGAAGAAAGCCGACCAUUUGCUCAGCAGUUAUCCAAUGUCUACUUCACGAUCCUCUCGCUGUUCUGUUUCAAGCUGUUCGUGAAGAUCAGCCUGGCCAUCCUCAGUCACUUCUACAUCGUCAAGGGCAACCGCAAAGAGGCGGCGCGGAUAGCCGCGGAGUUCUACGGAGUGACCCAAGGGCAAGGUUCCUGGGCAGACCGCUCACCGCUACACGAAGCAGCGAGUCAAGGUCGCCUCCUCGCCCUGCGAACAUUGUUAUCACAGGGGUACAGCGUGAACGCGGUGACCAUCGACCAUGUCACCCCGCUGCACGAGGCCUGCCUGGGCGACCACGUGGCGUGUGCCCGGACUCUUCUGGAAGCUGGAGCUAAUGUCAACGCGAUCACCAUCGACGGCGUGACCCCGUUAUUCAACGCCUGCUCGCAGGGCAGCGCGAGCUGCACGGCGCUCCUGCUGGAAUACGGCGCCAAACCCCAGCUGGAGUCCUGCCUUCCUUCUCCCAUGCAUGAGGCCGCCAGCAAAGGUCACCACGAGUGUCUGGAGAUACUGAUAUCAUGGGGCAUAGACGUCGACCAGGACAUUCCUCACUUGGGGACGCCUCUCUACACGGCCUGCCAGUCGCAGCAGUUCCACUGCAUCCGGAAGCUUCUCUACGCUGGCGCUGACGUGCAGAAAGGCAAAUACUGGGAUACGCCGCUACACGCCGCCGCUCAGCAGUCCAGCACGGAAAUCGUCAACUUACUGCUAGAAUUCGGGGCCGAUAUCAACGCCAAGAACACGGAACUUCUGCGGCCCGUGGACGUGGCCACCUCCAGCAGCCUGGUGGAGAGGCUACUGCUUCAGCGCGAAGCGACGCCGAGCUCCCUGAGCCAGCUCUGCCGGCUGUGCAUCCGCAGCUGCAUCGGGAGGCCGCGCCUGCACCUCAUCCCCCAGCUCCAGCUGCCCACGCUGCUGCAGAACUUCCUACAGCACCGAUAAGGCAGUAAAGCGAUUCCAACACCCAGAGCCGCAGAGGUUUCUAUGUCACCGGCACCGCGUAUAUUUCAUGUUCGAAUGUGCUCAAGAUUAGGGUCAGAGCGAGUGUGAGAACACCAGGGAAGCAGUGAGCUAUCCAUUUCCAUCGUGAGUGUGCUAGCGGGUACCACUGUUGUAGCACGGUUACUGUAUUUGGACGCAGUGUGUUUAAAAUAUCCGUGUGUUUUUCCCAUAUGCACUUCUGCUGACUUUUUAAAAAAUGUGUUCCCCAUUUUAUGUUUUUAGAACGAAAAGGAAAAACGUGAACUCGAACCAAAAUUAUUCACAUAUUGCAUUUUAAAUGGUCUAUAUUCUUCAAAUAGUGCAUUAACCUUCUAAUGUUGGUCAUUGUCACUGAGUCUCUGUAUUUUGCAUAUUAAUACAAAAUAUGCAGAUGGUUUAGAGAAGAGCAGCUGAUGCCCCCUUUGAAGUGAAGACCACUCAUUCAGGAAACCCACAGGGCUGCAUGCACACACUGCCACCAGAACGUUUGGUUGUAGAGAAAAAGGCAAAUGGUCCCCUCCUUGCAAAGACCUCACGAGUCCCUGCUCCACCUUAAGUGGACCUGGUCCAGGAAGGGCAGGACUGACAGCUACGCUCCCGCCCUCUCUCCCCCGGAGGUGUGGAGAACAUCACGCACCCACUAGGGCUAUUUUAAGACUGCCUCUCUCUCCAGGGUGGCCUCUCCAGGUCUCUCUUCAGUGCCUUUGUCUGUAUCCCUCCGGCCUUCUUCCAUUUCAGGAAUCGCCAACAGCUGGUGAGACCAGAACGGAGCAAGUGGACUUCCUCUCCCCUCAAUCAAGAGGCCCCGGCCAGACCCUGGGAGCGGGGCAGUCCGGGGCUGGAGGGGACAGGAGAUGAAUUAUUCCUCCAGCUGUGGGGUGCCACUUAGGGAACUUAGAGACCUUAAAAAUGUGCCCUCUGUGUAGACAUGAAUACUAGUGCUCUUAACUCUUACACAAAGCAAGGGUUCAGCACACACUGAGUUGGUAAGGGAGUGUUGGGUCGGAGAAGAUAUUCCUAAAAUAGUGUCCCUUGCGGGGGUUAAUACUCCGUUUAUUCUCUUCUGCUUUAACUGGUCUCGAGUGCAAUAUAAAACGUGAUACAAACCUUUUAUGUCCCCUUUGUAAUUUUAGGCCAGACUUGAGUCUGUUAUGGAUUUCAAAAUAAGAUAAUCGAGAUACGUACAAGUCAGUGUAAAGCAGAAGAAAAUAGUUUGAUGAGUUUUUAAAAUUUAUCGAAUUUUGAUAAAAUCAUGUGACCACUAUUUUAAUAACCCAGGGGCCUGUUUUCCUUUCUUUUUAGUUCUUGGCUGACUUCCAGAGACCCAUGUGAAAUAAACCUUCAUUGUAUAUAAUGCCCAGGUCACUAACAUCGCGUUGAAAACAAACCAUUUGUUUAGAUUUUUCAAAAGCAGAAACAAGGCUGUAGCAUGUUCGUUAAAGUGUCCCCUAUGUAGCUAGAGACUUUUCAGUGUGCCUGUUUUACCGAAACAUCUCUGAAAGGUCUGCAAUGUCCUCGUGAGUGUUUGUAUGACAGAGUAACUUCAUGAACUACAAUCAGGUAUGAAGAUGGCUUUUACACAAAAGAUUUCUCCUGCAUUUUUCCUGAGUUGGAGGUAUUCUCUGAGACUGGGAGCAACACGUGUACCCUCCUCACUGGCCUCGGGCCACUGGGAGAAAGAUCAAACAUGAACCAGAAAAUUGGCAUUUUCAAAUUUUUGAGCGCCGGUGCCUUGUAUCUUACCUUGCAUGUGAUUGUCUUAUCAAAGAACUCUUCUAAUUUAAAUACUAGCAUACGUCUGUUAAUGUGUUCAAGUGUGAUUAUCAUCCCUGGAAUAAAACACUUUUUUUUUCCG